CGCACGAAUAGUAACAUCAGUUUUGUGUAGACUGUUGUGUUUGCCCUGUCCUUGCUAAGACCUGACUAAUAUCGAGUUUCAUGUAUGUUCGAGGCAGCAUUCGGUGCAAUUUUCCCAAAAUGAUGAAUGACACUCGGUGUUUUUGUGUGUGAUGUCGAUGUGUUUGAGUUGAGUGCCCGCGAUUUUGGCAUUUUCGACCCGAAUUUCGACUUACGAAGUAAAAAUUUUGGAUUACCUUGUAAAAAUGGCUUUAGCGAGGUUGCCGGGGGUGAGUGACUGCUCGGCCGGUCAAACGGCCCGGGUUACCUCCAACCUGCACCCCACGAGUACCAUGGCCGUGAGUCGCGUACCCAGUCCACCACCUCAAGAGGUCAACACUCCGGUCGCAGAAAAUUGGUGCUACACGCAGGUUAAAGUAGUCAAAUUCAGUUACAUGUGGACAAUAAACAACUUCAGCUUUUGCCGAGAAGAAAUGGGUGAAGUUUUAAAGUCUUCUACGUUUUCUGCAGGAGCCAAUGACAAAUUAAAGUGGUGUUUGCGGGUUAAUCCGAAGGGUUUAGACGAAGAAAGCAAAGACUAUCUAUCACUGUAUCUUUUAUUAGUUUCGUGCAAUAAAAGUGAAGUUCGAGCCAAAUUUAAAUUUAGUAUAUUGAAUGCGAAACGAGAGGAGACGAAGGCGAUGGAGAGCCAGCGUGCCUACCGGUUCGUGCAAGGCAAAGAUUGGGGCUUCAAGAAGUUCAUUCGAAGAGACUUUUUACUAGACGAAGCCAACGGACUACUUCCAGACGACAAACUGACGAUAUUUUGUGAAGUUAGUGUUGUUGCAGACAGUGUAAAUAUUUCUGGCCAGUCAAAUACGAUACAGUUUAAAGUUCCAGAGUGUAGGUUAUCAGACGAUUUAGGACUUUUAUUUGAAAAUCAAAAAUUUAGUGAUGUUACGUUAUCAGUCGCGGGCCGAGAGUUCCAAGCUCAUAAAGCAAUAUUAGCAGCCCGCAGUCCUGUCUUUCAAGCAAUGUUCGAACACGAAAUGGAAGAACGGAAACACAAUAGAGUAGACAUUACGGACGUCGAUCACGAGGUGUUGAGAGAGAUGCUGAGGUUCAUCUACACAGGGAAGGCUUCGAAUUUGGAAAAAAUGGCCGAUGACCUCCUGGCAGCAGCAGAUAAAUAUGCGUUGGAGAGGCUGAAAGUCAUGUGCGAAGAGGCUCUGUGUACGAACCUAUCGAUAGACAAUGCGGCCGAAAUCCUCAUUUUAGCGGAUCUACAUAGCGCGGAUCAGCUGAAAGCUCAAGCCAUAGAUUUUAUUAACACGCACGCAACGGACGUGAUGGACACGCCGGGCUGGAAGUCGAUGAUCCAGACACACCCGCACCUGAUAGCCGAAGCGUUCAGGGCGCUGGCGACGCAACAAAUACCGCCGAUCGGACCUCCGAGGAAGCGCGUCAAACAAAGUUGAAGUUUGUGAAACAACGGCAACAACGGUAACAACAAAAUCAACCACCACCACUACUACUACUACUUUUACAAACUGACUGCUUAAAUGUGUUCACAGAGACCCUCAAAGAGUGCUGUCGUUAGUAAUAGCGUCGUAUUUUUGUUAUUGUAACCUGUACUUUUAAGUUUUCGGCACGUUCGACGAAUAAUUACGAUUUUUUGUUUUCCUUCUACCGCAAGACAUUUUUAAUGGUUUCAGUUUUUUUUGCGGUUUAAAAACCUGUCAUAUCACGCUUUUCAUUUGUCGUUUGAUUCUCUAAAAUUGUGAUAUUUCAAGAACUAAAUUUCAAAGAAUACACUUGAUGAAACCCUAAUACAAAAAGUCUUACAUAAAACCCUUUAAAUCUUUUGCAAACAAACGUAAAAGCAAAAUGUAAAUAUAGGUCGAGAGAUUCUCCUCGGAAACGCAAAAGAAAUUAAAUUGGGAACGAAUGCAAUUAUUCGUCGAACGACCAUUUUGUUUCUGGUGCAGUGAUGUGGGGGUGAAAAAAAUUAUUUGAUGAAAGGCAAAGGUAAUCAACAAAACUACCUCAACGUAAAUCGUUUUAAUUAGGUCGAAUCAAGUCGGUGAUUAAAUUACAUUUUUUUUCCAAACAAUUGGGAAACAUCCAGUUGAGCGAGGCUCUAAUAUUUAGGGUUUGCAGAAAAUUUGGCAACUGGAAAAAUGUGUUUACUUUUUGAUUGUCAUGAUUGUAAGAAAACACUUGAUUAUAGAUAAGGUCAUUUUUGUUUAUUUAUCAAUAGAAAUAGAAUCCUGGCUCUGUAAAAAAUAGUUUUUGAAAAUAAACCGUUUUAUACUAACUCUAGGUAUACAGGGUGUUUCAGAUGAACUCUAAAAUAAUACAGAAGUAAUGGAA